AUGCUGCGUAUUGUUCUCCUGUUUUCAUUGUCUUUAUCACAAACAAUAUUAUUUGAUUAUGAACAAGCUAUAGCCAACAUCACUAAUGUCAACGAUUCGGUUCUAUCCUCCUUUCUUCGUGUACAACAACGAACCACAGCAGCACGUUUCGAUAAUAUAAGACGAGGCGUUGAAUCGAUUCAGCUAUCGUUUAAGGAACAAAUCUCAAUUGUCAAUUACUGUGCAAUAAAUUGUUUGAAUCCUGGUAGUGGAAGAGCUUGUAUACCAAAACAUUGGAUGUGUGAUGGUGGAGCACCUGAUUGUCAAGAUGGAAGUGAUGAAGAUCCACGCUAUUGUGGUAUACUUACUCUCAGUUUUCAAAUCGUUUUAGAUCUAAACACUUACAAUUUUGUAGCAUUGGGCGAAUGUAAUAAUAAUGAAACACGUUGUGUAAAUCCUGAUUUAUCUCGGGAAACUAUUAUGCCGACGACGACGUUAUCAACACCGAGAACAUCAACAGAUCCAAUAUUAGAAAUAAUUGAACUAUAUCGACGGGCAUGUGGAGUAGGGGGCGGGAUUAUCGCUUUGCUUUUAGCUGCCGAUUGUCAAAUGAAUUGUUUAAAUCCAUUAAAUGGUUCAAAAUGUUUUGCAAAACAAUGGCUGUGCGAUGGAAUUCUUGACUGUGCUGAUGCUAGUGAUGAAGAUCCACGUUAUUGUGCUCGUGAUAGGCUAUGCACAUGGAAUGAAACACGUUGUGUUAAUCCUGGAAGUGGUCGACAGUGUAUUCCAAAGCAUUAUAUGUGUGAUGGUGGAAGUCCUGAUUGUCAAGAUGCAAGUGAUGAAGAUCCGCGAUAUUGUGGUAAACGAAGAAAAUAUUUAACCCAACAAUCAUAUACUAUAACUAAAACAUUACCGCCGACGACAGCAGCUGGCAUUAAUUAUUGUGCAAUAAAUUGUUUGAAUCCUGGUAGUGGAAGAGCUUGUAUACCAAAACACUGGAUGUGUGAUGGUGGAGGCACUUGUAUUUCAAAACAAUGGAUGUGUGAUGGUCAUCGUGACUGUCUGGAUGGCAGUGAUGAGGACUUACGUUAUUGUGCUGUCAGUCAUUGUGCAAUAAAUUGCGUUCGACCUGGUAAUGGACGUCAAUGUAUACCGAAAGCUUGGAUGUGUGAUGGUGAUCGAGACUGCAGUGAUGGUAGUGACGAAGAUUCUCGCUAUUGUUCUGUUGCUGUUUGCACACGAAACCAAACUCGAUGUGUUAAUCCCGGUAUGGAAGAACGUGUAUUUCAAAACAUUGGAUGUGCGAUGGAGACCGGCUCUUGUGGUGGAAUUAAUUGUGUAAAUGGUGGUACGUGCGAUGCAACAUUAGAUAUUUGUGAUUGUCCUCUGGGUUAUACAGGUGUUGACUGUUCACUUUCAUGUGGUACAUCUUACCAUAUACCAAAUAUUGCACUAAAAAUAGCAAAUGGCAAAGAAGCUGUUCCUUAUUCAUGGCCAUGGAUGGCACGGAUAAAUUCAGGAAAAAGUCUUUGUGGUGGUUUUUUAAUUGAUGACCAACAUAUUUUAACCGCUGCACAUUGUUGUGAUUCACCGAGUCCAAUUCAGUAUACAAUUUAUCUGGGUCUCUCAAAUAGAUCAAAUACAUAUCAAGAUCCAAACGUAAAACAAAUGAAAGUUGAACGAAUAUUUCUACAUGAACAAUAUGAAUCAUA